GCGGCCCCGCGCAGAGCCUGGCCAUCUCCGUCGUGCCGGCCAAGGCGCCCAUCGCGAUGGUGACGGCACACCUGAACGGCGGGCUGGGCGGCGGCGGCGGCGAGCCCCCGCAGAGCGCGCCCAUCAACCUGCAGACCACGGCCGCCCGCCGCCCGCCCGAGCUCGGCACCCGCGCCCAGUCUUUGGGAACUAUCACUGCAGUGCCCAUUAAGGUUCCUCAGGUCAGCUCCUUGCAGAGGUUGGCAGGACAAGGACCAGCAGUGCUACCUCAGGUUAGGCCAAAGACCCUGAUUCCAGACAGCCUCCCUAUUUCCCCAUGCAGAGACCAACCAUCCAAGCAGCCUCCAACCUUCCAAAAGGCAACUGUUGUCAGUAUCAAAAACCCCAGCCCUGCCCUCCCCACUGCCAACAACACCGUCAGCCAUGUAGAGACGCCUAACAGCCAGGCACAGAGUGUCACCGAUCCUACCCCUCUCUCAUCGCCCCUGAGCAGUGCCGGUGUGGCCUACGCCAUCAUCUCCACUUCCCCCAGCAAUGCAGCCCCUAUCAGCACCAGCGCUACUGUCUCUGUGGUCAACGACAGCAUCAAAGUGCAGCCGCUCCUCAUUAGUGCCGACAGCAAGGUUAUCAUUAUUCAACCUCAAGUCCAAACCCAGACAGAAAGUAAAGUGGAGACAAAGAAACCUCCUGAAGAGUCAGCUCAGGGAUCCCCUGCUACCAAAAAGAAAAAGGAGGAAAACCCCGAGAAAAUUGCCUUCAUGGUAGCAUUAGGACUGGUUACAACAGAACAUUUGGAAGAAAUCCAGAGCAAACGUCAAGAAAGGAAGAGAAGAAGCACAGCAAAUCCAGCCUACAGUGGACUCUUGGAAACAGAGCGGAAACGUCUUGCAUCGAAUUAUUUGAAUAACCCUUUGUUCCUUUCAACAAGAGCAAAUGAGGAUCCAUUCUGGAAGAAUGAGAUCCACCAUGAUGAAUACUGCACUGCUUGCAAGCGUGGCAUUAACUUGCAGCCCUGUGGCACAUGUCCCAGGGCGUAUCACCUCAACUGCUUGGACCCACCCCUCAAAACUGCCCCCAAGGGGGUCUGGGUCUGUCCAAAGUGCCAACAGAAGGUGUUAAAGAAAGACGACAAUGUGCCGUGGACUGGAACUUUGGCUAUUGUUCACUCCUAUGUCACUCACAAAACAGUCAAAGAAGAAGAGAAACGAAAGUUAUUAAAGAGAAGCAGCGAGCUGAAGAGUGAGCAUAGACAGUUAGAAGAAAAAGAUCGACUUCUCAACAGUGCAGUGAAGAAAUGCUUAGAGCUAAAAAGCAGCCUGUUAGCCCAGCAGAAGGGGACUCAGUCAUCACUGGAACGUCUCCGAACCCUCAUUAGACUGAUACAAAAUGAGCAGAUGAUUCAGGUUACCAUGACGACCACCACCACCUCGUCCCUUCUCACCAUGCCCUGGAUCAAGCCUUCCUCGGCCUCCGCUGCCAUGCACCAGGCCUUGCAGCACUCGCAGGGCCACAACUGACCGGGCCGCAAUGGGACAGCCACGGAAGGGGGACAGACUUUGCACCCAGGCACGAGGAGAGAGGGGACAGAUGCAGAAGAGAGAAGGAGCGGUCUCGGGGUUUGUACACACUGGAACUUGCAGGCCCAUUUGUCCCACUUGUAGUCGCUGUGGCGGCAGCUUCCCAGGGAGCGCAGCGCAGUGCAGUGUUGUUUGCCGAGACCUUCAGUGCUUAUGAGAUUUUUUUUGUUAUGUUGGCCUUAAUGUACUUAUGGCAGGAUGAGCAGGAAGAGUUAUGGCCGAUAGAAAGGAAGUGGAAUAUCCUUUUAGUGGGGAGCAGGCAGUUUUGCAGUUCUGCUUUAAGGGGGGAAAUUAAAAUGCAAAGAGUUAGUGAGCUAGUGGGUACGUAGUUGGGCUGAGAGCUGUUUGUGGGAGGGAAACCGGUGACAUCAAAGGAAACUGAGCUACUUAGGACCUGACAUGGAUUCUUUAUUAGUGGAACAAGGUCGGCCCUAUUGACUUGGGCGAGCUGAAGCUGGGGCUGCUUUGACCAGAAUGGACACUCACAGAGCCUUCGAAACAAAAGAUCCUUUUUUUCAGUAUUAUUAAAGUUGAGAAUUGCAGAUAUUUAAAUAAAGAAACUGUAUGAAGUUAGCAUUUCUAGUAAAAUAUUGAAGUAUUUUCAUGCUGAUGCUUCUGUAUAUGCGUUCUGAAGUAUUUAAAGUAUGACUGUAAAACUCCUUACUUUUUUGCAGGUCCUUUUUACUUAUUUUGCUAUUGGUGUAUUUUUCUCAUGGAGUUUUUGUGCAAGAUUUAGCAUAAACCAUAAUAGUGGAUAUCUUUGGCAGAUUGGGUUUCAUUUUUUAAAGAGAUUAUUUUGGGGUUUUUCUUUUUUUGUUAGUAUUUGAUUUUUUUUUUUAAGAAAAAAGCAAAUAAAUAUUCUGCUUUUUGUUUCUUACCAGUACAGAGAAAAUGCCAAAAAGAUAACUUCACAUUUUUGUACUGCGUUUUUAUUGUUAAAAAUAUGUACUUUUUUUAAUUUUUAUUAUUUUCUUUUUGCUUGCAGAACUAUCUGCCAAAAUGGUACAGGAAAAAAAACUGCCUCAUGGGGUUGUUUCUCGUCCUGAGUAAUAUCAAGAGCUUUCGGGGAGGGAUGGGCUGUGGCAAAUUAUAAGAGUUUGUUGGUUGAUUUUUUUUCCUCAUUUUUUGGAAACUUGACUCCUAUUUAAGGUUCUGUUGGCUCUUAGCACACUGGGAAGUGCGUGGCUUUGGCCUGAGCAAGCCCUCGCACGCCUGCUGUUUCACCUGUAGUCUUCCUGACCCCACGGGUCCACCCGUCUUCCCCAGCCUCGUGCUGGACGGGGAGUGAGACGGGCACCCGGUUGUCUCAGCAUCACCCCCACCAGCUGCCAUCGCCUCUGUUGCUUAGGAGUUCUUCAUCAAUUAGCACAGCAGGUACUUGAGGAAAGCAAGAAGCCACCAGAGCACGGCACAAGGCUAGUCUCUCACAUCAGCAUAUCACAUGGUGCCGCAUAUCUUUUUUAUUUUUAGAAAAACAAAAAAAACCCACAGACGAGGGACUGGCUUUUUCCAUCGCCCAUCAGUAGGCAGCACAUGGUCCCUUCAACCAUUUUCACAACUCCGGGAGAAACUGUGCAGUACUAUACAAAUCUAUUUUAAUACACAACACUCGGUUGAACAAGAUUUUUAUAUUCUUUUAUUGAUGAACAAAGUGAACUAAGUAAAACACAAUUGUUAUACAUUGGUUAUUGUAUGCCUAUUAUGCAUUCUAAUGUGGCUUGCAAUGUAAAUGUUUUCAGGUUUAAUGAUUUUUUUUCCUUCUCAGACAAAUUAAAAAAAUGAGAAGUGUGAAAGGUUGAGUAUGCGAAGAAUUUCUGAAGAAGCGUCUUGGACUGUUAAAAGUAGUUAUUUUGAAAAGGGGACUGUCCAGUGGAUAGUGUGCAUAGAAAAAAAGUGUUUGUCUUAAAUAUGCCAAUGUAGUUUUACUUCUUUAUGAUGCAUUAAACUUGAUUGACAAUUUAAUAGUCGAUGUGCUUCAUUGUUGAUUUUCCCAUCCCUGGUGCACGUGGCAGGCAGCGCAGCACAGCCAUUGUUCCUUGCAGGUUGCUGGAAGUAGACAUGCUGCAGACCAAGGACAUGUCACAGCUCUAAUGGCAGCUUGGCAGCUUUGGGCUUAGACCUGUGCUUUCAGAGCGAAUGCUUGGAUAGGAGAAGCAAGCCCAUUCUGCCAAGCCGUUUCUAAAUCCCUGUGUAAAUACAGUAAUUGAACAAUGAAGAUUAGGUCCCUUGCAGGAGUUGUCUGGCUUCUGGCUGAUGAAAGGGGCAGCAUUUCAACAAAACAAACAAAAUUAAAGCAAGCCAAUGUUAAAAUCCCAUGAAACCCACCAUGGUGGAUAAUGCUUACAUGGAGCAGGAGGGACAGCACUGACACUUGCACCUGAUACGUAGGGUUGGGUUUUACAAUAGGAGGGUUUUUUUGCGUGGUUGUUUCACAGUGUGUUUGGCUUUUUCUCCCUACUUUUCACUUGCUGGCAGUGUGUCACAUGAAUUUCAGGCUGUACUUAGCAAGAGGGUUUGAGAAUUCCUUCUUUGCUUUGCAGCUAGGCUCCCCCCUCCCUCCUAUCUUCUGCAACCUGAAGGGCAGCCUCAUUUUCCCUAAUGUUGCUUCUGAUUCUAGAAGAAACCUCUCCCACAUCAGCAAUACCAAAUGCCAUUCAUAAUCACCAUCAUCAUCAUCAUCCUGACACCAUCUUAACCCAUAAACCCUGCACUGUGCUAUAGGACAGGAGCCAAAUACAGAGCUCUGUGUGUUGCCUUAAUAAUUAAUAUGGUGUCAAAGACUUGUAGGCUAAUGCCAGCCUUUAGUGUUUGAGAGUAAUUUAAGUUAAGGUUUUGGGGGAGUGCUGAUGGCUGCCAUGCUCCUUGCUGUGGCCCUGGACUCCAGGUUUGACAAGAAUUGGGAGCUGUGGGGUUCCCACUCUCUCCUUCUGAGUGCAAGUUAUUUCUGAAGAUACACCGCACUUCAAAGCUCCAGAGCUCUUUAUUUUAACAUGACAGACUGUUUUCUGUGCCUGGGACCUUUUCACAUGCUAUUAGUUAUCUCGUGGAGAAGCUGCUCUGCAAAUAGCUGUUGGAAUGAAACAUGUUGUUGCUGAGCUUGUCACUUUCAUAUUUGCACCUCUUCAAAUGUAAUUUUGCCCACUCUUCCCUCUCUCACUGCUGCCCCUUCCUCAGAAAUGGAAGGAAAAGGAACUCUUGGGAAGCAGCACAGAGCAGUACUAGUCCUUCCUGGAGAGCAGAAUUGUGAGCACCAGCAAUUUUAGGCCAUGCCAGGAUGUUUUCAGGCUUUGUCAUUGUAGGAGAAGCCACUGUAUACCUGGAUGCCCUAGACCCUCAAAAAUUAUGGAGCAAAGUCACAAAGCCACAUUUUUGUUAUAUUUAUGCAACAGUCAGUGUUAGCAUGUUUUGUGCCCUAGAUUUAACAGAAGUGUCAGGCCAGCUAGUGACUUGGCUUCUGUUAUUAGGCCUGCACUUGAUGAUGACAGAGCCAACUCCAUAACAGCUAUAUAGGAGUACAUUCUGCAUAGGAAUUAGUCCUACGUAGUUUAUUCUACAUAUUGACGUAUCAUUGCACGCUGGCUUCCCAGCAGUUUGAUGGCCUAUUAGUAACACUUAAACUUCUAGAAGGGUGCAUUAUAGGCUGAUGCAUACUUUUUGUUCUGUC